GGCCCUAGCUGACGGCUCGCUCAGUCGUACGAGAAAAGCUCCAGCGAAUGGAACGCCAAACGCCAAAUGCUGCACCCAGCACAGCGGACAAGGACGGUCCGGAACGUUGCUCCAGGUCCAGCUCCUUCAGCUGAAUCUGCUGAAAGCAUUAGUGUCGAUUUGGUGGUGUUAAGCUAGCAGCUGAGAUAACAGAAAAUGUAUUCGAUAAGCUGCAGUAGCGUAGGACGAUUCGAAGGCAUUAAUAUACUAGCAAUGCGAAAAUUCGCUCGGUGAAAUGAACAAAUUACCGAAGAAAUUGGGGUGACCAAUAAAGCAAGCAACUUCAGUGUGUGUGGUGGCGAAGAGUCGAAGAAGAAGACGAAGACGACGAAGAAGAAGAGAAGAAGAAAAAGUGCUUUAAAUAGAUGGUUGGAGGUUAGCGAACACCGAGAGGUUCGACCAGAAAACGCCAGAGUGGACCCACAAGCGGAACGGCCAGGGGUGUAGCAAUUCUGAACAGCAUCCCUCCCCUGAUCCCGAGUCUUGUGGGAAGAUGAGACGUACCGGAAGGAGCACAUAAAUUGACAACAGCAACAUCCAGCUUUUACCUCAAUUUUCCAACACAGAAGAAUACAACAACCAGCAGCAACAACAACGCAACUGAAGCGAGAAUUGAGAUCACUGCUUUUUGCGAGAGCAGAAAGUAACCUAUAAUACAACCAUCGGAGCAAAAGGGGAACCAUCCAUUUGGACGACGACGACGACGACGACGACGCAGUAACAGGAGGAACGCAACGAAGACCUCUACUGUGCCCCCAGUAACGCGUAGCACCGCGUCCUUAAAGCAAAUUAACGAGAUCCGUGCGUACGCCCGCUGUAGGAGAAGGAAUCUAGACUAGAUCUCUCGAGGCCGGAAUACAAUCCACGGAGCUGCUAAAAUGUCGCUGGAAAUCGAAGUGCCGCACGUCAGGUGCCCCUCGUUAGGUGUCCUCAUACUGACACUUAACCUGGCGCUAUUUUUGCCUCAGACUAUAAAUAGGACACCGCCAUAUGUGCUCGCAGGGACCGGUGGCGGCAGUAUGCUAGGGGAUGUAAAUAUUUCGGCCAUUCUGGAUUCGUUUAGCGUUGGCUAUGACAAAAGAGUAAGACCAAACUACGGAGGACCGCCGGUUGAAGUGGGAGUCACCAUGUAUGUGCUGUCUAUCAGUUCGCUGUCUGAAGUUAAAAUGGAUUUCACAUUGGAUUUCUACUUUCGACAAUUUUGGACUGAUCCACGUUUAGCUUACAGAAAAAGGCCGGGUGUAGAAACACUGUCAGUUGGAUCUGAGUUCAUUAAGAAUAUUUGGGUACCCGACACGUUUUUUGUAAACGAGAAACAAUCAUACUUUCAUAUAGCGACUACUAGUAAUGAAUUUAUAAGAAUACAUCAUUCUGGAUCUAUAACUAGAAGUAUUCGAUUAACAAUCACAGCAUCAUGUCCAAUGAAUUUACAAUAUUUUCCAAUGGAUAGACAGUUAUGUCACAUAGAAAUAGAAAGCUUCGGAUACACGAUGCGAGAUAUCCGAUAUAAAUGGAAUGAAGGCCCCAAUUCAGUCGGAGUCUCGAGUGAAGUAUCUUUGCCUCAGUUUAAGGUUUUGGGACACCGUCAGCGUGCUAUGGAAAUCAGUCUCACAACAGGAAAUUAUUCACGUUUAGCAUGUGAAAUACAGUUUGUACGUUCGAUGGGUUAUUAUCUCAUUCAGAUUUACAUACCAUCCGGAUUAAUUGUAAUCAUAUCGUGGGUAUCAUUUUGGCUAAAUAGAAAUGCUACACCAGCACGUGUUGCAUUAGGUGUAACCACUGUCUUGACAAUGACAACACUGAUGUCGUCAACGAAUGCUGCCUUACCGAAAAUAUCUUAUGUAAAAUCGAUUGACGUAUAUUUAGGCACAUGCUUCGUCAAUACGCCACCGUCGGUUAUAUGGCGAAGCGGAUACAGAUGCGCAAGCAGCGCUUCAUGGCAAUCCAGAAGAUCGCUGAGCAGAAAAAGCAACAGGCGGCGGACGCCAACCAUCCGCCGCCACCGCCACCGGUCAGCGAUCACAGCCAUGGCCAUGGUCACGGGCACAGCCACGGCCACCAGCACACGCCGAAGCAGCAGAUGGGCAGCCGUAGCGGUCCACUGUUCCAAGAGGUCCGCUUUAAGGUGCACGACCCGAAGGCGCACUCCAAAGGCGGCACGCUGGAGAACACGAUCAACGGGGGACGGGGCGGGGGUGGCCCACCGGGCGGCGGCGGUGGUCCACCCGGCGGCGGAGGCGGCGGCGGCGGGCCGGACGAGGAAUCGGGUGCACCGCAGCAUCUGAUACACCCGGGCAAGGAUAUCAACAAACUGUUAGGAAUUACGCCCUCGGACAUCGACAAGUACUCGCGUAUUGUCUUUCCGGUCUGCUUCGUGUGCUUCAACCUGAUGUACUGGAUCAUCUAUCUGCACGUGAGCGACGUCGUGGCGGAUGAUCUGGUACUGCUCGGCGAGGAGAAGUAAGGCGAUUUAGGGAAUACAAACGAAGUGCACAGUCAGUGUGCAGAACAACCUAGAGCAGACAUACCGUUUAGUCAGACACAAGUAGACAACAACACUCACACAGUCACUCUGUCAACACACAAACACACACAUAGACUCGCGCUCAUUUAGGUCGAACAGUUAGUAGAGAUCGAGGUAUAUGUGUUUGUGUGUGCGUGCGAGACAGCGCAGAACGAAGGACGCGGAAAGGUAAGAGUCCUUGAGGAAUGCAAAUAUAACAACAAAAGUAUAAGAAAUUUUUAGGAUUUAUUUUUACCUAUUUACAGUUUCGGUUCUUUUUUAUACAUAUACAAGAGACAAAAGAAAAAUGGAAUAAAAAAAAACUAGAUUUUAUCGUUAUUGAUGAUUAACAUUAUAGGAAAGGAGGUAACGAGAAAUAUUCCUAAUUCAAAAAACACACAUACAAAGAGAGGAUAAAAAGUACGAGCAGGAGUCAACUUAGAAUUACACAUGUGCGACUACGUACGUGUUAGAAAAAUUAAAAUUAACUGCAAAAAACAAGACGCAAGGAACUAAAAAGCAAGGAGGAGAAUUUAUAACUAGCCUGUAAGCAGUGGGGACAGCUAACUAACAAAGCAAAAAAAAAACGAUAUCUUCAGAAACAAAAAAAAGAACAAAAACUGGCGAAUUGAACGAGUCUAGGAACGAAUUAAAUUCUGAACUUAAAUAGCAGCAAAACAAAACAAGCAAGCAACAAACAAAAUAACUACACUAAACAACACAUUCUCACACAGAGCAUACCAGUUAAUGUAAAAUUGCGUAGGAAAUCAAAAUAAAAAAAACGGAAAAAGUUUUUGAAUUGCAAAAACGUUUACCCAGAAACUAAAUCGGAUGUUUAGAAUCCGAUCGAUCAGAGCAAAGCCAGUUUGCAGCGCGAGUCAAGAGUAUUUUAUAUAAGCAAACCCGUAGUAGCGUUUUUGGUUGUUCGAAACUACAAACUAAACAGAAGAAAGUAAAACCUAGUUAAGUAUCCCCCCAAAACACACAGACUUAACCCUUGAAGGGGGUUGCUGUAGCCAGCGUUCCCUAUCAGGAAACGAAUCGUGGUGUUGAGUAUAGAAUGCGGGAGAAAAAUGGCGAACGCGUGUGUGAGUCAACGAUAUUCGGUCAAAAUUGGUUUUAGGACUUUUUUGAUUUUUUUUUAAGUCACCCGAGUAGGUAGAGAAUAAACUGCUGCUUUCGGAGGUUGUUGCACCAAAUAUGGAGAAGGUGCUGUGCAAUGCAUGAUCAAUCGGGCCCAACGGAGUUGGCUGCAGGCCGCAUUGAAAAAGUAGGUGAGCCUUUUUCGGAGAAUCUGAUUUCGUCUUCGGGGAGUCGGUGAAAUCAAGCGUCAAGGAUCAAGGCAAUGAUGGAGGUCAUAAACUGUGUCAGAAAUCAUCUUCGCCACCGACACCGAAACGAGUUGAGUUAGAAUCGACCCUUGUCUAAUGGGGAAAAGGUUUUUCUGUGAAUGUUUCAGGGCUUCAUUGAGAUUAGAAAAUGCUAAAGAGGAAUCAAAAGAGUUUGAAAUUUGAUGAAAUAUUAGAAAAUUUCUCAACACUCAAAAUUUUCCUUUUUUUUUCUUUUUUUUUUGGUUUUUGAUUUUUUUAAUUAAAUUACGAAGCAAUAUUUUCAAAAUCGGUUUCCAUGCACAUUUAGAGGAAGGAUCAAGGUAUUUCCUCAUUAUUUUUUCAUGGUAGAAAUUGCUUUUCAACUGUUUUAGACGAAAUUUUGAUAAAAACUCGUUUUAGGAAAACUGAUCAACUUUUUCCACCAGGAAAAAAAUUAGGAUAUACCUUCAGAAGGCCGGUUCCAGAGGCACGUUACCCUCUAUUUAGGACAUUUGUGCCAUUAACAACACUACCAGAAAACCAUCGCUCGUCGUAUACAGCGCGAGUGCGAUGCACUUUGCGGCGCACGUUCUAAAAGGGUAAAAAUUUAAAAAAAUUUGCAUUUAGUUUUGCAAACUUUCCUCCAUUUUCAAUACCACAAAGUAUAUUUUAUGGGCGCAUUUAUCAGACCACCGAACGAAACCAACAAUGUAGACAACCGAAAAGGGUCCACUUUCGGAGGGAUUUCUAAUCAGGAAACCCCCAGACCGAAGAAGAAAAAAAAAUCCACUCAAGUCGAAACGACUCGCAGCCGGGGCGAUAUUGAGUGACUUUGCCUGCACUUCAUCUCGAAAAACCCAGGAAGAUGUAAUCAAGGCAGACCUCAUCACCAAGGCAGAGCUCGUCCCACGGAGCGAGAGAGAGAGAAGGACGACACCCGUCCCGAAGGAUCCCCCGAAAAAGGAACGACGCAGGCAAAGAGACCUUCACACAGCAUAAAAUUCUGGUCGUCGCCGUAAAACGUUGCCCCAAAUGAGGAGAGAGGCCCACCAUCACCCGAGUGAAGCUGAUUAAUCUCAACACCAGUACUGGUUCUGAACAGUACAUAUACCUACUCCCCUAAAAGAGUUAAGGCACUCUGAAGGCAGCAGCAGCAGAAGGCGAUGGCGAACGGGUGAAAUAAGUUAAUAUGAUAUUAAUUAUUAAUUAUUAGAUUAAAAAUUAAUUAUCUAAAUGCUUCCAACGUAUUUGCCAAACAACCAGAAGACGGACGGAACAGAUGCGACUGGAUGGGGGGAAAACGAUGGCGGCGGAAUUGGUUGGUUUUAGCAGUGCAGCACGUGCAGAGUAAAUAUUGAUUUUUUUGAAUUUUGCUACUUUUAGGAUUAACAUGCAUGGGGGAUCAAGUGGGAGUGAAACGGUAUCAAGUUUGACCUAAAUUGGAUUCUUUUGAGUAAAGUGUAAAAUAGUGAUUGAAAAAUUGUCACUGGACAGAUGUUCGCCAUAAUGAUACUUCACAUUGGGGAGCAUGAUAUUAGAAAGAGUCAAAUGUAAAAGUCACGUGAAAUCCAUGACAUUUGACAGCACUAGUUACAAACUUCCUUUUUCGAGCGUUUUCUUGAUGCCUAAAAAUGAAAAAACUGGAAACAUUGGUAGACCUAUGUGAAUUGAGGCACAGACAAAAUUGUGGUGUCAGGGCCAGGGAUGAAAAGUUUCACGAAAAAAUGUCAUGACAUUGAUUUUAAUUUCCACUAUUUCGACCAUGAACAUUACCUAUGUAUAAUGCUUAUAAUUCUUUAAAGUGAAGAAUAUCGCCGAAUAGUUUUUUACUGAGGCUGUAAAAAUAGCAUGACAUUUCCAAUACCUGGUCGGGAUCCAUGAUUACCACGUUCAUCAAACUAUAUUUUUCUCAGAAUUUUCAAAAGAAUUAACCUUGAAAUUCAAUUGAUUAAACGGAACUAUUAACACAAAUAGCCCUGAAUCCAAUUGAUUUAACGGAAUUCCAAAUUUAACACAUUUAGCACCUUUGAUAUGGGGAAACGAAUUUGUAGGUUUUCAUCUGGGGAUUAUUUUUAUUACCAUACGGGAUUGGGCCAAAGGGUCUCAGAUUUUCUUGAAACUUUUUCCACAGGCAGGGCUCAUGAAUAUAUGAACAAAAAAAAAUUGAAAAAAAUCAGGGUCGCCUGUUUUCCCGGAAAACUCAGGUGGAAAUUGUUUGUUUUUCCCAGACACUACUUACUUUGAAAAAUCAUAACUCAAGAACGAAGCAUCGUAGAAACAAAGUUUUUUUAGAAAAUGAAAGCAAAUUUUCUCAGAAAUCAAAAAAAAAUAUGAACUGAAAAAGUUUUCCACAAAAUUUUCCACAGCUGAGAAAAUUCGUAAAGAAAACCCGAAAAAACACGUGGAAAAUUUUCAAAAAAAAUUAUUAUAAGCUUUAAUUGCUGAAAUUUUUGGAAUGCACUUUUUCGUUUUUGAGUUAUGGCCAAUUUCAUUGGAAAAUGGGCCAUAUGAGCCUUUUCUUUGAAAAAUUAUAAUUCAAGAACGGAGCAUCGAAGAAACAAAGUUUUUUAAUGAAAAUGAAAGCAAAUUUUCUAAGGAAUCAAAAAAAAUGAACUAAAAAAGUUUUCCUCGAAAUUCUUUACCGUUGUAAAAAUUCAUAAAGGGAAGCCGGAAAAUUUCCAAAAAAUAUUUUUGAGGAGGUGAUUUCAUAAGCUUUGAUCGCUGAAAUUUUUGGAAUGCACUUUUUUUCUUUCCUAAAUUAAGGCGAAUUUUGUGGAAAAUGACCAUGUAAGCCUAUACUUAUGGUCAUUUUUCACAAAAUUGCCCAUAACUCAGGAAUGAAAAAAAGUGUAUUCCAAAAAUUUCAGCAAUCAAAGCUUAUGAAAUUACAUUCUCUAAAAAAAUAUUUUUUUGAAAAAUUUCCUCGAGUUCGGGCAUAGUUUUUCCGACUUAUCUUUAUAAAUUUUCUCAACGGUGAAAAUUUUGUGGAAAACUUUUUCCAGUUCUUAUUUUUUUUUUGAUUCCUGAGAAAAUUUGCUUCCAUUUUCAUUAAAAAACUUUGCUUCAACGAUGCUUCGUUGUUGAGUUAUGAUUUUGUCAAAGAAAAGGCUUAUACAUAUGGCACAUUUGAACAUUUUUCGACAAAAUUGGCCAUAACUCAAAAACUAAAAAAAUGCAUACCAAAAAUUUCAGAGAUUAAAGCUUAUAAAAUAACCUUCUCAAAAAUAUUUUUUGAAAAUAGUGUUUCCAUAGUUUUUAGGCAUAGUUUUUCCGGCUUUUCUUUGCGAAAUUUUCUCAUCUGUGAAAAACUUUUUCCAGUUAUUUUUUUUUUGAUUUCUGAGAUAAUUUGCUUUUAUUUGCUAAAAAAAAAUUUUGUAUCUCCGAUGCUUCGUUCUUGAGUUAUUAUUUUUCAAAGUAAGUAGUGUCAGGGGAAAGCAAACAAUUUUCAUCUGAAUUUUCCGGAAAAAUAAGCGAUCUUGAAUUUUCUCAAUUUUUUUGUUUAUAUAUCCAUGAGCCCUGCCUGUAAAAAAAAGUUUCAAGAAAAUCCCCGUCUGCAGAAACUGCAUGAGAAAUUUCAAAACAACAUUAAAAAGCUCAGUAACGAAAUGUCAGAAUGAGAAUUUUUGACAAAACUUCGGCAGAAAUGAGUAAGCUCUCAAUUGAGUUUCUGGCCAAGUACUUGUGAACUAGCCGCGGACUGAAAAUCUCCAAAAUAACGCUUAUUAUAAACAAUGUUUGGCUUCGAUAAUAAAAUUAAUAUUUUUUUUUUGUUUUUGUCGACACUCUUGAAGAAAAAAAAGCUUGACGAAUCAAAGUUUUAUUAUCCAAGGUGUUAGAAACAGAUUUCAAACAUUUAUUUUGAAACUUUUCAAAACUAAUGAUUUUAACAACAUUUUGUGAUUAAAUUCCAAAAAUUCGGAAUAGGUAUGCUCAAACUCAAAUCACAUUUUAUCUGCUAAUACAGUGAUAGAUAUUCGUUUAGCCGAGGCCAAAAAAAAUUCAAAAAAGUGUCAGAAAACUAAUACAAAAGAUUUUAUGAUAAAACUUUUUUAUCGUAGUGAUAGCAUAUCUAGUACUGUUUUACAAAAAUGUGAUAUAUCACACUUACAUAUACACUGAAACAAAAACGAGGGUAAAAACCCUUCAAAUGUCAUUUUUUGCCUAGACAUUCGUUUAGCCGAAUUGUACAAUUUUUAGAAGUAUAACAAAAUUCGAAAAAUAUCAAACAAAAUCAUUUUGUAUGGUGACCUGCAUUAUAGAUCGACUUUGUAAAUCAUGAAUUAGAUCGUUUUUGGAAGUGUUGCCAUAUUAAUUUUGCAUGCAUCUCAUUUAAAUAUGUCAUAAUAUUGUAAAUGUUUCCAAAUUGAGAUUUGAUGAAGUUAUUUUUAUCGGAAGUGUUUCAAAAGAAUCUAAUGAAAGUUUCAUGACGAGUGCAGGUUGAAAAUUUACGAAAAACAAUGUUUUUAACAGAAAAAAAUAACGCAAACCAUAAAAAAAUCACGUAUUUAAGUAUUGUUUUGAUGAAAUAUGAUGGUUUCACUUGCAUAAAUCACAGCGUUUACUACCAUUACGUCUUCUAAUAGCUCCCAAUAUCUUCAAGACAGUAAUCUGCCGGAAAUAACAUACAUUGGACGGCUCACAUUUCGAGAAAUGGCACCGAAAGUAUUCAAAUUUCUAGCAUGAACUACUUGUUUCAUAAUUUAGACAUUCUUUUCAAAUAAAUUAUGUUUAAAAUGAAUAUGGUUCAAAACUAAGACUCAUUUAUAAUAUAUUUCUUCAGAUUGAAUGAAAUAUGCCAAUUUUUUGACUAUAUCUUGCAUGUUUGUAUGAACAUCUUCUUUUUAAAAAACAGAGUACAAAAAUUCUGACACUUCUUGCAGUUCUUUCACUUAGCAGUCUUCUAACUUAUUUAGUAAUGCUAGUAUCAAACAGGUAUACUCCCCAGGCAUUAGGGCACGUCUUUAUUUCAACGCAGAACUCUUUAUUUUAGCUUCUAUCAUUCCCAUUUUAAGCUUUACCGAACCAAAAACCAAUAUACUUAUUUUUUUCAUGACAUUUUAUACAAUAAUUUGAACAUUUCUAACAAUAAUGCUGUGCCAUAUUUUCAAAACUGCUAAUCUAGCUUACGUUUAAGUGUUAACAGAAAUAAUUUUUCUUAAAUAAAUUUGUUUAUCAUCACUUCUCCUUAUCGGGACAUUUUUUUAUAAUAUUCCUCUGAAUUUCACAAAUGAAUAAACUUUUAAGGUCAAUUAUCUUGCUAACACGUCAUAAACUGAAUGCCUUGGGAUAUAUCCUCGAAAAAUACUCACGAAAUUGCAAAAAAUCUAUUGAAAACCAAAUUUUCAUUUACCUCGGCUAAACGAAUGUCUAGGCAAAAAAUAACAUUUGAAGGGUUUUUACCCUCGUUUUGUUUCAGUGUAUAUGUAAGUGUGCUGUAUUACAUUUUAUAAAUUUAUAAAACAGUACUAGAUAUACUAUCACUACGAUAAAAAAGUUUUAUCAUAAAAUUUUAUGUAUGAGUUUCCUGACACUUUUUUGAAAAAUUUUUGGUCUCGGCUUAACGAAUGUCUAUCACUGUAUUCUUCAAGAAAAAAAUUACCAAAAAAAAAACUUCAGGAAAACUUCAACAAACUCUAAUACUUUUUUUUCUCCAGAAAAAGAGCGCUCUGAGCUCGAUCACAUUCUUCUAGAAGUUUUCCUUUUUUUUCUUUUUUCUUCUGCAUUAUUUUUGAAUAAAGCAAAUUUCAGACUGAAAUUUUAUCUGCUAUUCAUUCUGGAAAUCUGUUCACGGUUCCUUUGGAUAUAUGUAUCUCUCUCUCUACAAAAUUUUCUCCUGUGUUUCUGCUCAAAAUAUUUCUAAGGCAGGGUUUUUAAAUCGUGCAUCACGGUACAUUUGGAGCACCGCAUAGCCUUAACAAGGGCAACGCAGUCAAGUGGGCUGGCUUAUAAAACUGGAAAGAAUCUACCAAAAAUUAUCUAAAUGAAGUGCUAAAGUUCAGAAAAUGUAUCUUCCAAGUGAAAUUUGACGUGGAUUUCUGCAGAAAUCCAGUAAUAGUCUUAGAUAAGUUUCUACAAAAACCGUACUAAAACUUAUUCAGGGUUCAACGCAAGAUUUCACAGAGAUUGUGUGCAUUUUUCAAAAACUAAAUAGACGGGGCAUAGCGAAGCAAAUAGUUACCAAAAACUGAACCGCAUGCUAAAUGGUCUGAAAACCCCUGCUCUAGAGUAACGGACAGAAAACUCUGCGUCUUCUAAUCAGGAUGCCAUCAUUUCAUUAUUUCAGGAGCUGAUCCAUUGAUGAAUCAUGUAAAAUUGUCUUAUCGAUUAUGUUAGACAUUCACCUAGAAUAACUGAAUCCUGACUCAGAAUUCGCCAGAGAUCUCUUGCAAUUGUCAAAUGUCUAUGUGUUUAAGAGCAUGAGCAUGAUGACCGUACAAUUUGUGGUUGCUACUACACUCCAAGUUGCACAGGGAGGCAAAGAAAAAGGCCUAGGAUUAGCCAACCAUCCUCAAUGUGCACUUUUGAGAGUUCGAUACUUUUUUGAGUCAAUAACGGCGCCGGCCACGUCCUUACGGUCAUCGGGAAGGUGUGAUGGUUUGACAACCGCUGCUAAUAAAGACCGAGAUCACCUCUACUUCUGCUUCUGUCUAUGUGUUUAAAAAUCUACAAAGUCCAGCUUAAAUUACUUCGAACAUAAUGAUUGAAUGUUUUUCCAACGGUUUCAGACAACGUCCUCAAGGGCUUCUUCGGAAUAAAUGCUGCCAGGAAUUCCUUCAAACAAGGUUAGGGUUUCCAAACCUUAUGUUCAGGGAGUGCUUCGGGAAAUGUUCCAAGAGUUCAGAAAUUCAUUUUAAAAAUCUUUCCUAAAACGUGUCACUGUUCCAACAUAUUUUUCAAAAUAAAAGUAUGUAAUGAUGAAUUCAACCUUAAAUUUCUUCAAUUCUUCGAUCAAAAACUACUUGCGAUAAUCAAUGUUUAUGGACAGAUACAUUGAUAGAUUGAUCUAGCGUUUCUGCUACAUUUUACGAAUUAGGCUAUUUUCCCUGGAUAGGUAUUUGCAAACCCGUAGUUGCUACUCUAGCAUUGCCAGAUGAGCAACAUUUGGAAUAGAACCAACAUAGAUUCCUAUUUGAGACUAAAAGGAUCAUCAGAAUACAAGCGCGCUGGUAAGUGCUUUAUCAGUUGACCAUAGCGGCAACCACAUCCGAACGCUGCACGCUGGUCAAUAAGGAAUAAGGGGAGAAACUGAUGAAGCAUUCGCUCGCCCACAGUAGACUAUCGUACACCAUGGCAUCUACGUGAGUUAACACUGAUCGAUUGUAGGGGUAAACGAUUCAAUAUGCACCGGGUAAACGAGUUCAGCAAAUGAACUGUCCAAAUUCACAGAUGAACGGUAAAUAUGGAUUACCGAGUGUACCGAGUGAAAUCUGCUGUUUUCAACUCAGGAAAAAGUUGGGAAAAUUACUGAACUCAGUGAAAAAGUUACUGCGCUGAAACAUCAGAAUCUAAGUGUGCAACAUUGAUAGGUUUGAAGACAGCCUACAUGGUUCCCUCUGACACUUCUGUAUGUAGUUACCUCAAUUCUGCCGCCAUCUGCUCCAUCCGGACCCAUUAAAAACUGCACUCUGAGCAAAUGCCACUUCUCAUGAGCAAAGUAUAUGAUUCACACUCUUAAGGGUGGAACAAAAUCAAUUGAUUUCCACAAUGCUUGUUCAAAACUAAUGAUACGAUAUUAUGAAAAAGUGUUUUCAUCGUAAUUCGUUUUGUGAAUUCCCAACAACAUUUCGGUAGAUUCAAUAUUGUAUUCCACACACAUUCUUCAGUUUAGCUAGAGCAUUUUUAGUGUAAAGUAUUCAGCUCCAUCCUACCAAGAACGUAUUUUACAUACAUCUAACUAAUUCUAGCCAACUCAAUCAGCCGUUGUGAGUUCGAAAACGUUGUUGGAAUUAAAUGAUUUCCAAGGAAUUCAAAAUUACUUGUGAUCUGCUUCCUUAAAGGUUCCUUAUAAGGAAUCACCAGUUUUGAUAAGUUUUUUAUAGCAUUGUGGAAAAACUUUGUUUUUAGGUCACUCUAACAAUCACUACACAGUUGAACAGUAAUAUAUGCCACUGAGAUCGACACCUCAAUGUAGCGUUGCAUUGCCGAGAUGAACAUUUGAUCCAAAACAUAUGAAAAAAUAGUACCGAAUACCGAAAAGAGUACGUUCUUCAGAAUUGUUUUUCUUGAAUACAUUCCUAGCUCCAUGAUGUCAGAAUAAUGUUUAUGCAAUUCAGUAUCAUAAUUUCAAUUAUAGAUUACUCAUUUUGAUAUCACAAUGGCAAACUCUUCCAUACUGGUUCAUUAUGCAACUGCAUCUCGAAAAAUAUUUGCAUAAUGUUCAUUAUGCAACUCAUUUGAGUUGCAUUAUUAACAUUAUGCAACCAAACUGUAACAGACCUAUGGAUGGAGACGCAUGAUUGUUCACGUUGGUUAUCAUUUGAUAUUUUGGUGGAAUAAGACAUGUUGGACGAGAAGAUUGAAACGUCAGUUUACCUACAUUGGAUACGAUAAGUGGUCAACAAAUGUUUUUGUUUUUGGUACGUUCCAAUGCAUUAUUAUGGCUCAAUUGGAGCAUACAUAUAAUGACAAAGUACUAUUAACUUGUCUCUAAUCUUUUGAGUGCAUUGCGUGGAUUUCAAAAAAUGUUCAAAGAUCGCUAAAUAAGGGAGUUCAAAAGGUUUGUAAGGCAUUCCUUACAGUAAAACAAAUGGACCUUAACGGAAAAUUUUCUAAAAACGUUAAAAAAGUAAAAAAGUAAAACACUGUGACCAGCAGAUCUCACAGAAUUGGUUCAAUGUGCUCCACGCAAUCAAGUAGUCCUAGCGAAGGUCACUAUGGGAAUAAGUAUCGUUCUGAAAAGGCCAAAAAAUCUUCUGAAGGCAUGCAACCUACAAGUGGUCAAUUGGAAAUUUUGUUCAACAUUUACGCUUAUAUUUUUAUCAAUAUAAAUACAAAACCAUUACUCGUAAUGUCAACGAAGUGGCGGGACACGCAAGCACGGACGAAUUCCAAGCACUCAAGCUUGGAAUGUAUUCAACCUAGGAUUCAACAGUACUGUAGCGUUAAGAUGAAUCCAAAAAAAAAAACUACCCUAGCAAAUAGCAUACGCGAACUGGAGAAGAAAAUAAACGGCGUAAAUUUAAGAUAUUUACUCGUCAAAUAUCUGUAGAUUAUGUGUCUUUUCGCUCGUUUCAAUUGAAACAGACAAGAUAAAUGAAAAAAAAAAUGAAAACAGAACUGCUCAAUUAUUUUUCACGAAGAAAAAGAGACAAACAUUGUGAAUAAGUAAUUUUUUAAUAAGAGAAAAGACAAGAUUAACAAAAAAAAUUGCAUAUUUAUACUUUUUAUUUGUAGUCUACGAAGUGACAGCCAUUAAACAAACCUAGGAAGUUGCGAUAAACUGAUUCAAAUCGACCGUUAGGUGGAGUUUAUAAUAAGUGACAGUUAUUAUUAAACACCUGAAGCAAGAGAAUGCAAUACCAUUAAGUUUCUUACCUUACUGAGCAAAUAAAUCGACAGGUGUAGGUCGCUAAACAAUAUCAACAGGCUCUGCACACCGGCCAGAAGCUAGUCGCGUUAAAGUUUAAAAAUUACCAAACGUCAAACACUAUGAUAUGAGAGGAAGCAAAACAAAGCAUCACCUAAUACAAGUAGUUGUUCACACGAAGAAAAAAAGACAAGUAAAACGCGUUUAUUCAAUUCAAACCAAGUAUAAACAAUUAAAGGAACAAACAACAAACUAUGGAAAUGACGUACGAAACUGUACUACCACAAAAAAAAAUAAUGGCACCACAUUUUUCUCCAACGUUUUUCAUUUUCAGUUUGACAGUUGUGAUCAAAAGUCAAAACACUCACGGUGAUUUUUUCACCCACACUCGCCUUGCACUGUGAUACGUUGUCAUCGUUACUGGCAGCACUGCUGUUGCGUGGGUUAUUGAAAUCGCUCAACAGCAGCGCUGUCAGCACCUCCUGGUGUUCAUACAGUUUUAUCGAAAACAAUAACAGAAACGAAAACGAUCCCCUAUCUUCCAAACAUUCAUUCACACUUAUUUCGAGUUUCUCAAAUGCAUCAUCAAGAACGCCUAGAGAGUGUUACACCCGAACAAAAACAAGUAAAAGUAAACAUACGCACCUUUUAGAAAAAGUUGACUAAAAAGUAGAAAUACGCGAAUAUUGGUCCACGGUCCAAGAUGUUUCUGUAUUAGUACCGUUUUUCGCUUCAGUAGGUAAGCUCUUCCAAUAGGCACAAUUUUUCCUUGCGGCAAAAGAAAACGAUGUUAGUAAGAUAGGAAUUUCACUCAAUGAACGCGUAGACCAAUUCUAUUUAAGUCUUUUUCCCACAUUCCCUUUUUCCACUCGUCCACAUCGUGCACCCGUUUUCUUUCGACUGUAAAUACUUUUCCCGAAGGUCACAUCUAUGUUACCCUUGAAAAUCGAACAAAAUCAACCCGAGAUGCAACGCAACUGGAAUUCGAUACACCCCUUAACACUGCAUUCGAACUUCAACACAACCGCAUACAACCACACAGACACACACAUACACACGAAAUGUUUUCUCUCAAUAACAAAAACGUGUAGUACGACUAAAAUCAAAAAUUGGACGUGUAAAGAAAGGAUGUGAUUGAUUUUACUGAAAAGAAAACAAAGUUAAGUUAAAUAACGAGCAACCAAAAAAAAACAGUAGUGAAAAUUCAAAAACAGAUGUAUAAGUAAGUGUUAAAUACUCACUGUACUUAACUAUAAGAAUUUAAGGGGAAAAACAGAAAAAAAUACAAAAAAGAGCAAAAAGUAAAUAAAAUAUAUACACAAUAUAUGAAUAUAUGAGGAAAAAAUAAAAAAAGUAUAUAUAUCGCAACACAAGAAAAAUUCUAAAUAAAUAUAAAUUUUUUAUAUAGGAAUGUAAUAUGCAACAAAAAAUUCAAUAAAGAAUGCAAAAAUAUCGUUCAUAUUAUAUUUGUAAAUAUUUUAGUUCGACAAAUGACUCACCCUAAUGUACAUUCAACUUCAAUGCACAAACAAAAGGAUAAAAGAAAUUUCAGAUUAGUAUAAAAGAAUUAUAUAAAAGAAAAUAACUUCAAGAAAGCAAGCAAAACAAAAGAAACACUCACACACGAAAGCAUAAGCGAUAUUCAAGAACAAAAGAACGUUCCAGAUUCUUUUCAAAACUCGAAACCUACUCACUCAAACAAAAAAAAAUCACGCGCAGACUCCAACAGCCAGAUCAAACCGAAAACCGAAAGAGAUAGCAAACUCUUCCUACAUACAUACAAAAGGCGCAUCGAAGUCGCUACUCGAUGGUUGGCAGCGUUAAUCGUCCAUCAUGUUCCCGCACUAGAACAUUUUGAGCGGAUAUCCGCCCUACCGAACAGCGAGCGUGAGGAAAAUGAAAUCGUCGCCUUGGAAACAAACGCAGCCAUUAGUUCAAUAAAAACAAAAAAGAAAUUACCAGCAUUACCGGACAGCAAAGCAAAAUACUAGCAGAAAACAAAUCAGAAGUUUAUUCAAACAAAAAAUAGGCUCGAUACCCCCAGUAACUAAGAAUUAACAAGUACACAAACACAUAUGCUCUGAAAUUAUUGAAAAAAAACAGACGAAGCAACCAGUGCAGCAAAAAAUCUUGCAAGCGAAGAAAAUACACUCACACUCACACACGUACUAGUAUAUUUAUUGUUAUGAUAAAUAAAAACGAUGAAACAAAAAAAAAACAAAAGCAGAAUAUAAUUUGUUUUGUUUAGGUGAAACCAAUAUAUACGUUUUAAUUUAUUGUUCCGUUGAGUACUUUUAAAGAAGAAAAUAGAGAAAAACAAUGCCGAAAAGCGUGGAUGGCAAUAAAAAAUGCAACCGAAACGAGAAAGAGUAGAAAACCAAAACAAAAGCAGUUGUAAACCGAUAGGCACAGAGAGGUGGAAAAAUCGAAACCACAGAUCAACAUCAACAGAAGUGAAAAGAUCAGUUCAGCAAAAGCAGAAAAAAAACAUGUAACGUUUCGAAAAAAAAAGUUAUAAGAAAAAAUGGAAAAUAAACAAUUUAAAUAAAAAAUACAA